UCCGACAGUCACUCCCCUGCUCCUUCUCGCCACCGCCCGCGACCCGCCGCCGGCGACAGGGGAUCCAUCUCGCCGCCGUACGCCGGAGACCUUCCCGCCUCGGUCAGCGCAGUUCCCUCCAUCGGUCUCCUCGAGCGGUUUCGCCUCGGGCAUCCGUCGCACGCACGUGCCACCUCGCGGCGCCGGCGAGCUUCCCGCCGACUACAGAAGAGAACUCUGCUACAGCCAGGCCCUAUGUCUAAGGAAUGGGAGGGAGUAGAAGCCAAGAAGCCUCUCUUGGUGGCCGGGAACAACAAAGCUUCUUCCAUUUGGGUGGUGGUCGCUAGCACUGCCGUCGCCGUUGCUGGAUCCUUCGUGUUCGGCAUCUCGGUGGGCUACUCAUCGCCAUCUCAGGAAGGCAUCAUGCGGGAUCUUCAUCUUUCCUUAGCUGAGUAUUCUGUCUUUGGCUCGAUAUUAACCAUCGGAGCAAUGCUAGGCGCUAUUCUCAGUGGUACCAUAGCAGAUUGGGUUGGUCGAAGAUGUGCAAUGGCAAUAUCAGAUGUGUUCUGCAUUAUUGGAUAUCUCCUCAUAGUCUUUUCUAAGAACUCUGUGUGGCUUGACCUUGGGAGGCUCUCAAUUGGAUGUGGAAUUGGCCUUCUUUCAUAUGUGGUCCCAGUAUAUAUAUCAGAGAUAACACCCAAGAAUCUUAGAGGACGGUUCGCAUCCGUAAACCAGCUUAUGAUAUGUUGCGGGGCAUCGCUCGCGUAUGCUCUGGGGACAUGCAUCACCUGGCGUACCUUGGCAAUCGUAGGAGUGGCACCAUGUUUACUGCAGCUGGUUGGCCUUCUUGUGAUUCCCGAAUCUCCUAGGUGGCUGGCUAAGAUCGGACACUCAGGUGCACUUGAGGAAGCGUUGCAGAAGCUAAGGGGAAAAGAAACCGACAUCUCCGAAGAGGCAGCAGAUAUCAAAGAUUUCACAGAAAAGCUUCAGCACCUACCACAGUCAAAGAUGUUGGACCUAUUUCAGAAGGAUUAUAUUCAUGCUGUCACCGUUGGAGUUGGGCUAAUGGUCCUUCAACAGUUUGGUGGAGUGAAUGCAAUAUGCUUCUACGCCAGUGAGAUAUUUGUUUCGGCUGGUUUCUCGUCAGGGAACACCGGAAUGCUCGCUAUGGUUGCGGUUCAGAUUCCGAUGACGGCACUUGGGGUGCUUCUGUUGGACAAGGCUGGAAGGAGGCCACUUCUGAUGGUCUCUGCAGCUGGGACAUGCCUGGGUUGCCUACUAGUUGGCCUCUCAUUCUUGUCCAAGGAACAUCAUUGGGCGAAGGACCUCAACGUGGCGUUGGCAUUGAUGGGGAUUCUGAUCUUCAGUGGAUCUUUCUCACUUGGUAUGGGAGGAAUUCCAUGGGUUAUAAUGUCAGAGAUCUUCCCCAUACACAUGAAAGGGUCAGCAGGAAGCCUGGUGACCUUGGUGAGCUGGCUCGGCUCAUGGAUCGUCUCGUAUGCCUUCAACUUCCUCCUGCUGUGGAGCUCCUACGGUACAUUUUUCAUGUUCGCGACCAUUUGCGGUCUGACUGUUGUAUUUGUGGAGUGGCUGGUACCAGAGACUAAAGGAAGGACCCUGGAAGAGAUUCAAGCGUCCAUGAACUCGUCAUUGACGCCAGUUUCUUCUGGAAUUAACCGAGCUGCGUAAAUUGAUUACUCCCUCUGUUCCAUAACUAUUGUCGUGGUUUUAGUUCAAAUUUGAAUUAUUGUCGUGGUUUUAAUUCAAAUUUGAACUAAAACCACGACAAUAAUUAUGCAACGGAGGGAGUACAUGGCUUGGUUUCCCUUUUUGUGUUACGUUUCAGUAUGUAUCUGGGAUAUUGUGACUAGUGUGCUCUACAGAUAUAUGGCGUCGUUACUUCUCAGACGACUGACAAAUAACCUACAAAGAACUUAGGUUAUUUGCGGGGUGGUUUGAUAUCCCAAUAAAUUAGCCGAGCGAGCUUGAUAAGGCUAGACUAGAUGCCUAGCAUGGAUCUUGUAACUAUGCAAUAGUUAAUCGAGGCCGCAGUAUUAUUGCUAUUUCUCUUUCCGGAAAAAAAAGGAAAAAAAAUCUUUGGUUACUUUUGUGGA